AUGUGUUCAAACGUAUCUUCGAUAACUCUUCAGAGUUGGAGAGAGCGUCCUCCUUCUUCCUACUCUAUCAAAGUUAAAAACCUCUCCCAGCUCGAGAUCUCAACUCUCCACUCUGAUGGCAAAUACCAGUCCCGACGUUUCUCCUCCGGUGAAUACAAAUGGAGACUGAUCAUAUACCCAAUAGGGAACGAAAAGGACAAUGGAAGCGGGUUUAUUUCAAUGUAUGUUGAAAUAGAUAGCACAAGCCUUACUUCCACAACUCCAACUGAGGUGUAUGCAGAUCUCCGUUUUUUUGUCUUUAGCAAAAAGGAAAACAAGUACUUUACUAAUCAAGAUGUAGAAUCAAGGCCGUUCAAUUCACUAAGAACGAUGUGGGGAUUGCCGCAAGUGCUUGCCCUUGGUAAAUUCAAUGAUCGUGAAAACGGAUACCUCUUUGAUGGAGAUCAAUGUGAGUUUGGUGUUGAUAUCACUGUUGUUCCACCUCCAACCAAAUGGGAAAUCCUCUCUUUUGAUGAGGAUCUUCCUUAUCCAAAGUUUUCUUGGACUGUUAAGAAUUUCUCAGAUAUAAAAGAGAAUCCUCACACAUCCGAUAGCUUUUCAAACGGAGGAAGGAAAUGGGUUCCAAAGCUGUAUCCCAAGGGAUACUCUUCACCACAUGGUAAAUGGUUAUCCAUUUUUCUGUAUUUAGCUGAUGGUGAAAAUAAGGAAGAUAAAAAUAUUUAUGUGGAAGCAGAUGUGAAAGUUGAAGACCCGCGUGGAUCCAAUCACUUGAUACGCAAUCUUUAUUGUUGGUUCGAAGAUCAAGGCUGGGGUUAUGGUUGGGAUCACUAUGUGUCUAUAGCUGAACUUCGAAAGUCUUACUUGGACAAGGAAGACACUUUGAAAGUUAAGAUCGAAUUUAAAGUUGUUUCUGCGACCAAAUAUUCUGCCUUUACCUAA